AUGACCUCCCAGGUUCGUCAGACUUAUUCCACCGAAGUGGAGGCUGCCGUGAACAACCUGGUCAACCUGCACCUGUGGGCCUCCUACACCUACCUCUGUCUGGGCUACUAUUUUGGUCGGGAUAACAUGGCUCUGGAGGGUGUAGGCCACUUCUGUGAAUUGGCCGAGGAGAAGCGCAAGGGUGCCAAGCGUCUCCUUAAGCUGCAGAACGAUCGUGGAGGCUGUGCAUCCUUUCAGAAUGUGCAGAAGCCAUCUCAAGAUGAAUGGGGUAAAACCCAGGAGGCCAUGGAAGCUGCCUUUGCCUUGGAGAAGAACUUGAACCAGGCCCUCUUGGAUCUUCCUUCCCUGGGUUCUGCUCACCCAGAUCCUCAUCUCUAUGACUUCCUAGAAAACCACUUCCUGAAUGAGGAGGUGAAAGUCAUCAAAAUAUGGGCAACCACCUGA